CCCCCCCCCCCAUCGCUCGUUAGUCCGUUAAACCCUUCUUUCCUGUUAUUUGCACGCAAAUCGGAAAGAGGAAAGGUGAAGUGAAGCAAGCAAACAAAGAAACAGGCACCAGAAAAGAUGAAGCUGUCGUGGCUCUACAACCUGGCGGUCUUUCUAUGGCUAAACGACCCAGCGUUUGCUGCUAAAGUCGCCAAUAUCCCGCCAAAAGACUUCGUGAGCAAAAACUACUUCCUACUAGAACUGAAAGACAAAGACCUCAUAGAUUCGGUUUCCAAGAUACAUCCGAACUGGAGUUACGAGUAUCAGGUUCCGUCGUUGGACUCUUUUCAUGUUUUUAGCCUUCCGAAAAAUGACACCAAUGCUGAGUGGUUUUCCCAACUAGGAUCGCUCGAUGACUUCGAACAUAACGCAGAAGAUCAUCAGCUGCUUAAGAGAGAGCAUUCUCAGUUUCUUGAGUUACUACAUGAGAAUCGUGUCAGUGGCAUACAUCCGUUGCAUAAAAAACGACUUGUUAAAAGAGCGCCAGUUCCAAUAGAGAGAGACUCAGCGGUGUCAAUAUUUGAAAGAAAACAGGACUCCUCUGUCGAACAUCUUAACAAUGUUGCCGCCGAAUUCCAGAUAAACGACCCCAUAUUCAAGGACCAAUGGCAUAUAGUCAAUACGGCCUUUCCAGGACACGACGUGAACGUCGUUCCAGUGUGGAGAAUGAACAUAACCGGAAAGGGAAUAGUAACAGCGCUAAUUGACGACGGAUUGGACUAUGAGUCUCCGGAUUUGAAAGACAACUUUUCGCCUGAAGGGUCGUGGGAUUAUAACGACAAUAGGCCAAAUCCAAAACCAAUGCUCGAGAACGACUACCACGGAACAAGAUGUGCAGGGGAGAUUGCUGCUGCGAAAGGAAAUGACUAUUGUGGAGUUGGGGUUGCGUACGAUUCCAAAGUCUCUGGAAUCCGUAUUUUGAGUGCAGAAAUUUCUUCUGAAGAAGAAGCCGUUGCAAUGAUUUACGGGUUAGAUGUCAACGAUAUAUACUCUUGCUCGUGGGGGCCUCCGGAUAACGGUCGUUCCAUGGAUGUCCCGGAUAAGGUUGUCAGAUCGGCGAUGCUGAAAGGUAUUCAGGAGGGCAGAAAAGGCAAAGGUGCCUUGUAUGUUUUUGCAAGUGGAAAUGGUGCAUCUCGUGGCGAUAGUUGUAACUUUGACGGUUACACAAACAGCAUAUAUUCGCUCACUGUAAGUGCAAUCGAUUACAAGGGACUACAUCCAAUUUAUUCGGAAUCGUGUACUGCAGUAAUGGUUUCUACUUAUUCCUCCGGCUCUGGCGAGCACAUUCACACGACAGACAUCAAUGGAAAAUGCUCUACUACCCAUGGGGGAACUUCUGCUGCUGCACCAUUGGCUGCAGGCAUAUAUGCCCUUAUUCUACAGGCAAACCCGGAGCUGACAUGGAGAGACGUACAAUAUUUGACAGUCUUAAGUGCCGCCGAAAUAGAUCCAUUUGAUGGAACAUGGCAAGACUCUGCAGUUGAAGGAAGAAAAUACUCCCCUAAAUACGGUUGGGGUAAAAUCGAUGCAGAAAAAAUGGUCAAAAUGGCACAAAACAAUUGGACUUUACUAAAACCUCAGUCAUGGUAUUAUAUGCCAUAUCAAAUCACGGAUCUUUCGAUUUCCAAUGAAGUUGCAGAGGUCCAAGAUUCAUUUACGGUCACAGCGGAAAUCUUGAAGAAGUUCAACUUUGAACGUAUUGAGCAGAUCACGAUUACAGUUGACAUCAACUCUGGUAAGAGAGGUGCCGUAGAAGUUGAUAUUGUCUCUCCUGGUGGCAUUGUUUCUCCACUUGCUGUAAGGAGAGGUCAUGAUCAAGAUAAGCUUGGUUUCAGGAAGUGGACCUUUUCCAGUGUUGCACACUGGGGUGAAACCGGAGAAGGCACAUGGAUAAUCAAGGUCCGCAAUACAGAAGAUUCCAAUGCCAUAAACUUUAGAGGCUGGCAGUUACGUGCCUUUGGUGAAUGCAUUGAUCCUGCAUUAGCAAAAAGGUUUGACAUGAAUGAAGAUUACAGUAAGCUCAAUUUUGAGAAUGACGAGAGUGCUAGUAGUAAUACUACUAGUACUAUCAUGACUGAAAGUCAAGUCCAAACUUUAACUCAAACAAAAGUUACUAGUGGUAGUACCGCAAUAGCGAGCGAAAGUACCACUACAACAACCUCUUCCAAAGAUUCCGACGAGGAAAAGGCGCCUUCCACCUCCAUUGUUCCCACGAAAAAUAUAUCUUCUACCUCAACUACAACUGCAACUGCAACUCCAGAAGAAGAUGGCAGUUACCCACAUACAGACAACUCAAAGCAUUACAUUGGCUAUUUCUCUGCCUUAACUUUGGCAGGAUUUUUGUUUCUGCUUUACAUAUUCAAAAACCGUCGGAAACCUGGACGUGCCCGUCGAAGAGAAGACUUUGAGUUUGAUAUUAUUCGACCAGAUGAUGACGAAAGCAGCAGAUUUGAAUUUGAUGAUUCCGAGAGCAGUGAUGAUGGGGAUGAACAUAGUGGACAAAGUCAUGGAAGACGUCGUGAUAGUGAUUUCGGUGUUUUUGAUGAAGAUGCAACCUCACUCAAUAUUACUGAUACUAAGUUGAGCAAAGAUACUACCAGCUCGAAAGACCCAGCCGAGGUCUCUGAGUUUGACCUUGGUAAUUCUCAUUUGACUGGAUAUGAUAUUUCUGAUACAAUCAUUCGAGAUGCCAAACACAAGGAGAGCGAUGAGAGCCGAAUCUUGGACGCUAAGAGGAAAUACGGUGGUGUUAAACAACACAUCGAUGCCACAGAACGUUCCAACCUUGUGUCAGCUUCCGCGGCUUCAGAUUCUACCACCUCAACAUCUGACGAAGAACAUUGAAACAGUUGUGCUUUAUUUUAACUGAUCACUCAGCUCCAAUCUUAAUUGUAGAUGGCAUUAUUCAGAUGCAUUUGCAUCUAAUAUGAUAGACAUAUAUUUCUAUAGAUUCAAGAAAUACGAAUAGAGUGCAUUUUUGUAGGGAAUGUGCGGAGAAGCGCUAUUUUCGAUUUUCACUCAAAGUUUUUUGAACCGAAACGAUACUACUUUAGAAAAGAUGCCAUGCCAAC